UGUUUUAAUGUUACCAUGCUGGUUGGUAACUUUUCAUCCUUAGAACAUGUAGGGAAGGUCGUAACAUCUGAGUUGGAUUUUGCUGCUGAAGUGCUUCCAGUAUGCACUAAGAUUUUAGCAGUGACAGGAACCAAUGGAAAAUCUACUGUUGCCACUUUUGCUGGACAGAUGCUUAAUCAUUUGGACAUUAAGACUUUUGUUGGGGGAAACCUGGGUAUUCCACUUUCAGAAGUAGCUUUACAAUGCUUAGAAUCGACUCCCGAAAGCCCUGUGUUUGAGGUUGCAGUGGUGGAGGUUAGCAGUUAUCAGUUGGAAAUUGCACAUAAGUACUUCAGUCCUUCAGUUGCAGUGAUCUUAAAUCUCACUCCUGAUCAUCUAGAAAGACACAUGACAAUGGAGAACUAUGCACUGACCAAAUGUCGCAUUCUUUCUCACAUGAGUAACAGUAAGAUGGGCAUUCUUCCCCUUGGAAACCAGCAUCUGAAUGAUGCAGUCAGGAGUUCUGCUAAUGAUUUUAAUCUUGCUUGGAUAGGAGCCUUUCCAGGUGUCAGAAUCAAUUUGGAGGCAAAGGUUGCCAGCUUCAGAAUUCCUGCAGUCCAAGGGUUUUCAGAACUACAAUUGAGUGCAUUGAAGACAAUUGGGACACACAACUAUCAUAAUGCCGCAGUGGCUGCAUUAUCUGUUAUUGGACUGGAUAUUGGUAUUGAUGCUGAAGCCAUCAGUUCAACAAUUGGGAAAUUGAAGGUUCCGCCUCACCGGAUGGAAAUUGUACACACAGAUAAUCAUGGGGUAAUAUGGGUGGAUGACAGCAAGGCAACAAACAUUGAAGCAACAUGCACUGGGCUGAUGGGUCUUAAGGGACAAAAAUCAGUCAUCCUACUUGGCGGUGUUGCAAAGAUUCGGCAAGGGUCUAGUGGUUUUGAGCGGCUUUUGGAACAUCUGAUAUGCCAUAGAGGAAUUGUCACUUUUGGAUAUUCAGGAAUGAUGAUUCAAAAGACAUUGUCCACCAAUGGUUUGAGUAUUCCUUGUAUUAGAGCUACAAAUCUGGAGGAUGCUGUCAAACAAGCAAGGAGCAUGACAACAUCUGGGGAUGCAAUUGUGCUGAGUCCGGGCUGUGCGAGUUUCGAUGAGUUCAAAAAUUUUGAGCACCGGGGGAGGGUUUUCCGGGAGCUGGCACUUUCUUCAGAGUAAUUUUGUCAGAUUGAAUUGCAGCUUUGUCUUUACACUGCUUGCUCUCUUUGCAGGGAGAAUUUUUGGGCAGCUUAUUGGAAAUCCCAGAAAUGACACUUAACGAUGGACGCCCAAUACCAACGCAACUUCUCUUCUGCAUUGUAUGUUAGGGGAAAUGCCCAUUGUCUCGCACGAAGAAAUGAACAAGAAUAGCCAGCACUCUUCUCUUGUUACCUACUUCGAUUAGAUCACAGUUGCCAGUUAUGAACACACUUUGGCAUCCAUAGGCUGUUGCAGCGCUGGGAACACUGAUUCAUUGCAGCAAGCAAUGGUCUAAAUCCGUUCAAAUGUUAUUCAUUGUAUUUUUUUCGAAGGAUUAGAGAUCUACCUGAAAUAAUGAUUGUCAUUUUAAUUCUGUUGCUUUAUAAUUUUAUUUUUAUUUUUCACUUUUGUCUUGAUUUGGGGGAAAAUAUUCUGGUUAUUGCUGAUAAUCUGUGAUUGUAAUACAUGAUAAUAUUUUCUUCACUAAUGCCAAAGCUUUUGGUGCAUUCGCUUGUAAA